AACCGGAAGUGUGUCGGCAGCAGCGUGGCCAGCUUGCUGAUGACAUCAUGGAGGACCGUCUCUGUCUGCGACAUGACUCCUUCAGCCGGAGACGCUCCGCCUAAACCCGCUUCAGUCGGUGAGAAGGAGCCGCUGCUCGGUUCUGGUUCUGGUUCCGGUUCGGGCCGGCGUUACUGGGUCACAGCUCGCUGCUGCCAGCCGGAGCAGAACAGACUAAGAGGACGGACUGACCUGUUGGAGCUGGAGAAUUAAAACCAGAUUAAACGGAACCAUGCUGGCCCGGUUCGGCUGAUGUUCUGAGUGGAGAGAUGCAGCAGAAGUUGUGCUCCAGAGGUUCUGGUUCCUUCCUGCUGGAGAGGAACGGUCAGGCCUGCGGCGCCCUUCCGGACUCCGUCACUUCCUGUGAGCUCCCGUUCCGAUGCCCCCGAUGCGGCGAGCAGCAGCGGUUCCGCAGCCUGGCCUCCCUGCGGGCCCACCUGGAGUACCGCCACUCCUACCGCUCUCCGGACGUUGUGUCUGGAGACUUCAGCAUUACGGGGUCGCUCCCCGACCCGCUGGCGGCCGCCAUCGCCUGGCAGGACACCAGCCUCCCGGCCCGCAGGGGGCAGCACGGCGCCGCGCGGCCGCCUCACGUCCGCUCCCUCAGCGACAGCAGAGACAGCGGCUACCUGCACUCCUACGGCGCGGUGAGGAGGCGGACCCAGAGCGUCGGCGUGGGGACGCAGGAGGAAGGGGUGGAUGAUGAAGAUACCGGGGAGGAAGAGGAGGAUGGAGAGGAAGCAGAAGAGACCAGAGAAGAGUCAGAAGUCAAACAGUCGGACUCAGGACGCCUCCAUCACCUCCAGUUCCCUCCGGCGUCCCCAGACCCGGACCCGGUUGCGCAGAGCUCCUACUGCGGCCGGGAGACGGCGGCGGCCUCGGCGGCGGUGCGGCGGCGGCUGGCCAGCAUCCUGCGGGCCGCCGACGGCACCAUGCAGCGGCGCCUGGCCAAGGUCAGCACGGAGCUGGCCCGGACCGACACCGAGCUGCUGUGUGAGCGCGCUCACUCGCAGCACCUGGCCCAGGAGCGGCAGCAGGUGGCGGAGCGGGAGCGCUCGCUCAGCCGGCAGGUGGACGUGGCCGUCAUGGUGAUCGCCGCUCUGAGGGAGCAGCUCAACGCCUCCGACAGCGAGCUGGAGCGCCGGGAGAGGGAGGUGCUCACCAUCCAGAGGUUCCUGGAGGCCGCGGCCCGCCAGGAGACGAGCGGGAAAGUCCGGAUCCAGCGCUUCAUCGAGAACCUGCUGGGUCGGAUCGCCCUGGCAGAGAGGCUGGUGGAGUAUUACCAGGUGAACGGCGGCCCGGCGCCGGGCGACCGCCACAAGGUACACAGACUGAUGACGGCCGACACAGAAUCACUAAAAGCAGGUCCGCAGGGGGUCAGCUGUUCUCCGGUUUCCAUGACAACAGGACUCAGUCCUCCUGCCGGUUCGGCGGCGGGCCUCCGGGCUCCAAAGCGGGUCCGGACCGGGACCGGGAGCGCCAGGAACGCCUGGCCCAGUCCUCCAGGCUGUUCUGCCGGCCAGAGCACAGAGACGACAUCUGGAACCAGCAGCGGCGCCGGUCCACCGGGUACGAGGCCUAGAACUGCAGAGACGGCCCAGACAGACGGGCCUGAACAGAACCUCAGCAGAACCGGCUUCCCUCGGUUCCUGUAGGCGUUGAAUCGAUCCCAGAGUUCUGCUGGUACCUUCUAGUUCUGGAUGUUUGUCUGCUGAGGUGAAGUGGACCAGAAAGUAACCCGGUUCUGAUUGUAAUCAGAACCAACAGAAGUACCAACUGGACCAGGCUAAAUGUACCAGCUGUGUUCUGUUCUGGAUCAAACCUCUGCAGGGCGGUUCUGGUUCAUCAUACAUCAGCACAAACUGAUCGGGUCAGAACCAGAGUAUUUAUUAAUCAGAAACUCUCCCUCCUUCGGUCGAACCUUCUCAUUCUGACCCGGUUCUACAGAACCUCCAGGAGUUCUGCAUGCAGGCAGCAGAUCUUCCUGGUGGAUUUCUCUGGGCUCUGUUGCUUUUUCUGUCCGGUUUUCCAGAGGACGGAUCCGGAUUCAACAGUUUUCCUCUGAUCCAGGUUCUGAUCCAGGUUCUGAUCCAGGUUCUUUGGACCAUAAAGAUGUGAAUCAACAUCCUGAGCAAAUAUUUUCUGUCCAACAAUAGAUGUCAGCUGUGGUGGGAACAUCUCCACUAAUGUGCUAAUGCGCUAAUAGCACAGCUAAUUUUUCAUUGAGUUUAAACCGUUAGCGUAGCUUAGAUUGAAUUCUCCAGAUAAAUUCAAAUUUAUUCGGCUGUUUAUAAACUUUCAGUUGAAUAAAAUUCAACAUCUGUUAAAGUUUUGGUUAUCAACUGUUAGCAAUUCUUCAAGUGUUCAGACGUUUCCAUGCCAUUAUUUUGAAGGGGUGGAGACAGUUUCCUCUCCAUACCUUUUCUCUUUUUCUCCCACUUAUCUUUAUCGAGCAAAUGGCAUGUAAACAACAAACAAACAAACAUGUUUUUCUUGUGACACAUGGUGGGCAUCAACAUGGUUGAGAUUAGCGUGUUAGCUUCCACUAAGACCAUGUUGGUUUAGCAUUUUAGCAUCAGUUUUAGCAAAACAACAUGUGGGUAGAGCGCUUUAGCCUUAGCUUUAGCCUUAGCGGAAUACAUGUUGGUAUAGCCAUUAACAUUAUCAGGACUAAUGAUUAUAAUUAUUGCUUUAGGGUUAGCGUAGCUAACGUUUAGCUAGCGGCGUCCACCACUGGACGUCGGUAAAGACUCACCAUUAAAGGUUCUGGAAAUCUAGAAAUUCACCUUAAAAAUCCUUAGAGGUUCUGGAAGAACCUAAAGAAAACCAUCAGGACCUUCAGGAGAACGACUGACCCGGUCCAGUUGAUCAGACCAGAGAAAUGAGUUCUGUUGGAUCUGGUCGGGUUGAGAGGUUCUGAGCCCGAACCCGUCCAUUAAAUGGACCAGGAACCAGCCGGCAGCAGCUGCUGAGGCUGUUUCUGAAAUAAACCUCCAGACUGAGGGGAGAGGUUCUGGAGCCGUUCCCUGACCCGGUUCUGGAGCCGCUCCCUGACCCGGUUCUGGAGCCGCAGCAGCAGGUUUCUCUCCUUCAGCUCCGGUUUGGGUCAGGAAGCACCGACUGGUACCGGGUCUGGGUCUGAUACAUCCUACAUGAACUAAAUGUUGGUCCAAGGCCCGGUUUGGUUCUGGAUUAAACCCAGAAGUGUUUCUAAGAUCGGUCAGGCGUCUUAGAGACCAGUCCACUGUUCAGAACCGAGCCCAGAACCUCGGUAUCGGUACCAAAAUAAAGCAGAACCUGAUGGAUGCCGGACCCUCUGGAUGUUCUCUGGGUCUGAACCGGGCUCAGAACCAGAAACGGGUCGCCUGCAGUGUUUGCGCCCCGAUCCGAUGAGUCUGUUCCUCCCAGAGUUCUACUGGCGCCGACCCGUGGUUCUGCUGACCCGGUCCUCAUCACAGCGUUGGUGUUCAGCUGGUUCUGAUGGUCUGAUCAUAACCAUGAUCUAGAACCAACAGAACCGGGAGAGAACCAGCCGAUCCGGAUUGGUGGAAAAUGUUCCAGAUGUUUCCUUCAUUCACACAGAUUCUGGUUCCGGUUCCGUGUUUUACUAAAUGUUCUGGUUCCGUGUAAAUAAAACGACUCGAUCAGGUCGAAGCA